CCAAGCAACUACCACGACAAGAACCAACUCAAAAACCAUCAAGAAUGCAAAACAACAGCAACCACUCGAUUGGAAACGGAAUACCAUCCCCAAAACCGAUCACAGUCAACAACGAAACUGAAAAUAAUACAAACAAAAACUACGACCAACUACUACCAGGAGAGGGCAACCUAUGGAGCUCAAUCUUGGAUAGCGUAUCAAACAAUCGAGAGAAGAGCAACCUACCCAACAAGAAACUCAUUGUACUUGGCGAAAGAAAUGCUGGAAAAUCUACUGUCGUUUCCUAUCUCUCAGCCACAAACCCAGUCCCCACAGAUCCGAAUUCAAACAAUAAUAAUAACAAUGGGCCAUCUGUCGUGCCUACUCCGGUCCAAGCGAUCGAUGGAGAGGAUGUAGACAUGGGCACCAGUUACACGACCGUCGAAAUCGGCGAUGAUGGUGAUGAUGAUCCUCUCGUCCGGCUCUCUCUUCAUCAAAUUCCUUCCGCACUUCCGCCUUAUUCUAACCUACUUCCACUGAUCCUAAAUGCUGAUUCAUUACGAGAAUCAUUGAUUCUAGUCUUGAUUCCAUUCACUCAUCCUCAUUCAUUACUCACAUCACUCGUGCGAUGGUUGGUACUAAUCCGAUCGGUGAUCAAGUCGAUAAAGGAUACGAUCAAGCCAGCCGAAGGGGGUCAACCAGCCUUACGAGGAGAAUACAUAAUCGAAGAGUCAAAAGAGGCCUUAGAGUACCAAUACCGAUCGUAUGUCGAAGCGCUGGGACAGUCGAGCUCAACGACGACGACCACAGCAGGCGAGACUUUGGGCGAAGCAGGGAACACGAACAUCCAUCUGGACUUACCCUUACCCCCGGGGACCUUGACGGAGAACAUGGGGAUCGGGAUCGUGGUGGUCUGUACAAAAGCCGAUGAGAUCGAUGAGCUGGAGAAGGAGAAAGACUUCAAGGAGGAACAGUUCGACUUCAUCCAACAGGUCCUCCGAUCCAUCUGUCUGCGCUUCGGCGGUGCACUCUUCUUCACCAGUCAGAAGAAACCACAAAGCUUGCUCAGAUUACGGUCCUAUGUUCUCCAUCGUCUCUUCGGACAACUGGUUUCCUCAAGCUCAACUCUCCAAGGAGCCACCUCUUCGACCACAGCCACUACUACCGGCACAGUCACGACUAAUGCCCGUCUGUUCCCGUUCCCGUAUAAGGCUAAUGUCGUCGAUCGUGAUGAGGUCCUGAUCCCAAUGGGUUGGGAUAGUUGGGGAAAAAUUAAAAUCUUGAGGGAUGGCUUCGAUCCCUCUGUCGUCGGUAAUGGUUGGCUACUCGACCUCGAAAAACCAUCGAGAUCUCUCAGCAGCAAUAACGGUGCUCGUCCGCUGGACUCUCUAGAUACUUCUUCUUCUGUCGUCGAUGAUGAUCAUGUAGAGUAUGAUUCUCAAGGGCGGAAAAUUGUUAGUGCUUGUAAAUUGUGGGAAGAUAUGAUUGGCGAAACUGAUGAUGAAGUACCGUUAAUCAACCCGCACGAUCGAGUGAUAGCGACCCAAGAACAAGAGUUUUUGAGGACGAAGUACGAAGUGAUUAAGAAAGAGAAAGAUCUCGAUCCACGCUCGCAUUUCCAAUUGAACAAUAAAGGACAUUCAGCGCAACAGCAUCAACAUCAAGCCGUCAAAUUCACCAAUGGGACCUCGAUUCUUUCGGUGGAGAAAAGUCUCCUGAAUAGUGGUGCUGGAUCGUCUGCGUCGAUCGAGCCUCCUGGCAGUCUUAGUUCAUUAAACGCAGAAGAGGAAAUUAAUGCUCAGCUGAAUAAGCUGGCUCUUCGGGAUCAACAAGGAAACCCGAAUGGACGGAGUUCGAAUCCCAGUUUAUCGCCCGUCGAGAUCCUACAUCUCCAACAACAACAGCAGCAACAGCAACUGGGACAAGGACACCAGACGCCCCGGAUGGGCUCCUCGAGCGGGUCGAUGGCCGGCACUCAAUCCAAAGGACUUUCCACGACGACGACAGCCACGUCGCCAUUAGCUUCUCGAUCAUCCAGCCAAGCACAGCUCCUCCUCGGUCUCAAUCCUUCCUCCUCCUCUUCUUCAUCGACCUCUUCUUCUUCGUCGACUAUUCCCGCCGGCUCGAUCGGCACGCCCGGUGGCAGUAAUACGAGCCAAGGCGAAAAGGCUAUGUUGGCUAACUUCUUUGGCAAACUCUUGGAUAAAGAUCCUGUCGGAGCACGCAGCUUUUCGUCUUCUAACUCUAAUUCUAAUCCGUUCUCGAGUACGACUGUCAAUGGUUCUGGGCCGCAGUCUCAAUCGCUUUCUUCGACUUCGAUUAGUUCAUUGAGUUCUGGCACCUUCAAGGCGCCCCUUUCGAAUCCUAAUCCUUUGUCUUCUUCUUCCUCCUCCUCUUCUGCUGCUUCGUUUGCACCGCUUUCUCCGCUUCCUGAUGGCCAUCAUCAUUCUUCUUUGGGCUCUAGAAGAACUAGUAAUAGUAAUCUUAAAGAUCAUUGAUUCUUUUUUUUCUUUUGCUUACUCUUUCUUUCUCUCUUGCUUCGGCUGGUUGUUUUUUUGUUUUUGUUUUUGGCUUGUCUUUGGUUUUGUUUUGGUGGUGAACCUUAAUCAUCUUCAUCCUGG